AUGGAGUUUCGAGGGGCCAGGCUGAGAGCUCCGACCUCCGAGCACGUCAGUGGGACCCUUGGGGGAGCGGCCGAGGCGUGCGGGCCACGGCUGAUGACGCGACCUGCCACUCUUACCUUCCUUACACGGCUAACGAUGUCUGUUUUUGCACGUUCAACCUUUUCGGCCGCAGGCUAUGCGGCCUUCCGCCCAUCCUACCCUGCAUCACUCUUCAGGACGGUGCUGGCGUAUCACAACACUCAGUCGACAAGCGGCACGGCACUGGACCUGGGCUGCGGUCACGGUCUCAUCUCGCGAGAGCUCAGCCCGAGCUUCGCUCGCGUCAUCGCCAUUGACCCUAGUGCGGGCAUGGUGAAGCAAGCAGCAGACUCAACCUCGGACUCAAAAAUCACCUUUCGUCAGGCCAGCUCUGAGGAUCUGUUAUUCGUGGCUGACGCCUCGGUAGACCUUGUGGUGGCUGGCCAGGCGGCGCACUGGUUCAACUACGAUAAAGUGUGGCCGGAGCUGGCGCGAGUGGUCAAAAGCGGCGGUACGCUGGCCUUUUGGGGGUACAAGGACAACAUCCUCGUCGGAUUCCCGGCUGUCAACGAUAUCUUUAUGCACUUUUGCUACGGCGAAGGAGAGUCGUCACCCGGCAGCGGGGUGGAGACGAUGGGGCCGUAUUGGGAGAAGCCCGGGCGGCAGAUCCUGCGGGAUAACCUGGCGGCGGUCGUGCCCCCAGAGUCGGAGUGGGAGAAGGUCAAGCGCAUCGUGUACGACCCGGACAGGAAGACCUCCCGGGCUGAUGCGAACACGGAGGCGAUGGAGCCGGAAGACCCGCGGGCGGCGUGGCAGCAGCGUAAGACGAUGAAGCUGGGCGAGUUUGAAGGUUAUGUGCACACUUUUAGCGCGUACCGCGGGUGGAAAGACGCGCACCCGGAGCUGAAGAGCCGAGCGGAGGGCGGGGCGGGAGGGGAUAUUGCGGAUCUGUUGUUCGAUCGGUUGCUGGAAGCGGUGCCGGAGUGGAAAGCUGCGGGGGAUAAGUGGCGGGAUAUUGAGGUUGAGGCCGUGUGGGGAACGACUAUCAUCCUGGCCAAGAGAAAGUGA